AAAGAGCUUCCUGAAUCUUCAGAUGGAUUUUAAAAUUGAACACACUUGGGAUGGUUUCCCAGUGAAGCAUGAACCAGUGUUUGUCAGGCUGAAUCCAGGUGAUGGAGGAGUGAUGAUGGAAGUUAGUGCUCCAUUUUUCAAUGAUCCUCCAGCCCCACUUGGAGAACCAGGAAAACCUUACAAUGAACUGUGGGAUUAUGAAGUUGUGGAAGCAUUUUUCUUGAAUGACAUAACUGAACAGUAUUUAGAAGUUGAACUUUGUCCUCAUGGACAACAUUUGGUGCUCUUACUCUCUGGAAGACGAAAUGUGUGGAAACAAGAACUUGCUCUGUCAUACAAAGUGUCUAGAGGAGAGACAAAAUGGGAAGGCAGAGCUUAUCUUCCUUGGAGUUAUUUUCCACCAAAUGUGACAAAAUUCAAUUCAUUUGCAAUUCAUGGAUCAAAAGAUAAAAGAAACUACGAAGCUCUUUCCCCCGUACCUCAACAUGAACUGCAACAAGGACAAAAACCUGAUUUUCAUCGUCUGGAAUACUUCAAGCCUUUCAGUUUUAAUACACUGCUUGGAGAAGAAUGGAAACAACCAGAAUCAGAGCUGUGGUUAAUAGAGAAACCUGAUGUAUAG